UGCAAACAGGAACAUGGCUGCCGGUGUUUGACACAGCAGCAUCUCCAUUUAUUCUUCAUUUCUGUCGGCCUGACAGCCCUCUUAAGAGUCUUCUUAAGUUUAAUUGUGCUUUUCUAACUUAACAAGAACAUCUGUGGAUUAUCAGCACGCUUUCUGAAAGGUGCUUUUUUGUUGUUGCUUUCGCCACGCAAACAGUGAAUCAACAUGGCAAGUCCGAGGACCAGAAGAGUUUUGAAGGAAGUAAGAACCCAAGAAGAAAAUAACCUGUGCUUUGAGUGUGGGGCCUUCAACCCUCAGUGGGUAAGCGUGACCUACGGGAUCUGGAUCUGUCUGGAAUGCUCUGGAAAACACAGAGGCCUGGGAGUUCAUCUUAGUUUUGUGCGUUCUGUCACCAUGGAUAAGUGGAAGGAUAUUGAGCUUGAGAAGAUGAAAGCAGGAGGAAAUGGCAAAUUCCACCUGUUCCUCGAACUCCAAGACGACUACAAUCCCAACUGGACCUUACAGGAGAAGUAUAACAGCCGAGCUGCUGCGCUCUUUAGGGACAAGGUUGCAACUUUAGCAGAAGGAAAGGAGUGGUCAAUAGAGACAUCUUCUGCCAAAAAUUGGACAUCACCUCAACCCAAGACCAGCCUUUCAUCCUCCCAUCGAUCUGGAGGACCUGGUACGACCUCUGCUGCAUCCGGCGAUAAAGCCUUUGAAGACUGGCUGAGCGAUGACGUCAACUCUUAUCAGAGUGGAGGGGGUUACAGUGGGAAUCAAGAGAACCGAUACGUUGGAUUCGGCAACACUGUAACCCCGGAGAAGAAGGAGGAGGACUUUUUAAAUAAUGCUAUGUCCUCCAUUUAUUCAGGUUGGAGCAGCUUCACUGUUGGAGCUACCAAGUUUGCUUCAAUUGCAAAAGAUAAUACGACUAAACUGGCAAAUCAAGCCACCUUGAAGUUAAGGGGCUAUAAGGCGCCCCCAGAACCGGCCACAGAGUUAGGACAGACAAUAAAUGAGAAUGUUAUCAAACCUACCCAAGAAAAGGUGAAAGAUGGCAAAUUGCUAGAUGAAAUGACAGUCGGCAUCACUGGGUUGGCAAACAAGGUUCAGGGUGCUGGUGCCAAACUGACUAAUAUUUUUUCGGGAAAAUCAGAAGAUGGGGCUUCUGGAGAUAGCUACCAGAACAUGGACGCUGGCGAAGGAUACCAGGGCAGUUCCACUCAGCCCAUGUCAAAGGACUUCUGGGAAACAUUCGGUAGCAGCAAUUCCUUAAAGGCUAAGAAAUCGCCAAGCAGUGACAGCUGGACCAUUGCGGAUAAUUCUGCAAAGAAGAGCUCUGACAGUUGGGACAAUUGGGGCUCGGAUGUCGCUUCCAACAACAAACACAGCACAGAGGAGAGCUGGGAAGCCUGGGACAACAACUGGGAGAAUACGGAUGGUAAGGCCAAGAAGAGUCCCACGAAACCUGCUGAGGAAACCUGGGGUAAUGCAGACUGGUAGUCAUCUCACAUACAUCCUUUCUUCUUCCCCCCCCCCAUUUGGCCUCUCUUUCACUAUUCAUCCCACUGGCACUUUCAGGAAAGGAACUUAAUUCGCUUUCAGUCUGUUCUCAGCAGACCCUCCAGGAUUUGGCAUUGUUGCGGACUCGUGCUAACUGACACAAAUUUAACCACAAAUUUUGAUCCAAUCGCCACAUAUUUUUGCCAAUCCAAUAUGCGUCUGAGCAGCAAUCAAACGUGUAUCAGCUACCUAACCAAUCACGUGUGUCCAUACAUACACCCACAUCCUCACUUUGUUUACAUUGACACAGAUUUUGUCACGUGAUUCUCGACUCAAAGUGAGGGUAAACGCAAUGCGCCAGAAGAUAAACAAAGGUUUACAGUUGACAAGCACUUUUCGACCGCAAAACACACACGCGCUGUGGACGACAAAGCAAACAAUGGACAGUAGAGGGUUAGAUUUCGGUGGUGUUUGCUUUCGGAAUGCCGUAAUUCGGUGGUGAGUGAAACGGCAAUAUUUGUUUUUUCCAAACUGUGCACACAUUUGUGGAAAAAUAACAUAGUUUUUGUUAGAUUUGAUGAAAUUCAAGCGGCAAGUCACCACUAACUAAAGCUAGUAGCUAUAUUUAGCAUUUUUAGGUGGCAACAGUCACAGUAAAACCUGUGGAAUCCUGGAGGAACUGUCAAAUCUUCUACAUUGAGCAUAGGUUCCAAACAUUAACAAGGCCUAGUUUUACAUUAAUUGCAUGAUGAAUUCCAUUCUUUAAAAAAAAAAAAAAAGAAA